GGCGGCGUCGCACUGGGCUUGCUCCUGAGCGUGGCCGCGGCCUCCCCAGCCCUGGCCGAGGAGGCAGCAAAGCCCAAGGAGCUCACGGAUGAGGAGGUUCUCGCCAAGGGCUGCGACAUCCGCAUCGACUGCAAGACCAAGGAGGAGCAGUUCCGCUGGGCCAAGGCCUACUACAGGAAGUACAACAGGGAGAGCGACGGCAAGGACCCUAAGUACAAUGCUUCCUCCACCGGUGGCGGUAUCUACCGCAAGUACAAGAUCGAUCAGUUCAUCGAGCCUUCGGGCAUCGUGAACACCACCGAUGGCACCUACCCCAUUCGCCCAGAGGCUGCGGCCUUCAAGCCCAUCUGGGAUGAGUACAACAAGAAGCUCAUCGAGCGAGUCGAGAAGGUCUACGGCAUCUCCGAUGAGCCCAUCCGCUGGAACGGCGACUACUACGACAACAAGCUGAGCCCGUACAAGCCCGCCAACGGCCUUGGCUGGUACAACAAGUGA